CAUCAUCCCAGAAAUGACUAUUACGGCGCGGAAUCUGCCUCGCUCAAUCUCACCCAGCUCUACCGCAAGUGCAGGCCUGGUCAAGAACCUCCCAAAGAGUUGGGGAGAGACCGUGAUUGGGCCAUUGACUUGAUCCCUAAGUUCAUGAUGUUCAACGGUGAGCUCACCAAUAUCCUAGCACAUACCGAUGUCACUCGCUACCUCGAGUUCAAGCAGAUCGCCGGCUCCUAUGUAUUGGCAGCCGGAAAGGUAGCAAAGGUUCCUUCUACUGAAGUCGAAGCCAUCACAUCUCCCUUGAUGGGCAUUUUUGAGAAGAGGAGGGCCAAAAAGUUUUUCGAGUGGGUAGCAAACUACAAACCCAACGACCCUUCCACUCACAGCGGUAUUGAUCUUGACAAGACAUCCAUGCAGGAUGUUUUUGCCAAAUUUUCUCUCGAGCCUGCUACAGUGGACUUCAUCGGUCAUGCUAUGGCCCUCCACUCGGAAGACUCGUACAAGACCAAACCAGCAAGAGAUACUUACGAUCGAAUCAUGCUUUACACAACCUCCGUCACUCGUCACGGAAAGUCCCCUUUCAUCUACCCUCUCUAUGGUUUAGGCGAAUUACCUCAAGGUUUUGCGCGGUUGUCCGCCAUCUACGGUGGAACUUACAUGUUGGAUAAGCCAAUUGAUGAGAUUGUUUAUGACGCUGAUGGAAAGGUUUGCGGUGUGAGGAGUGGGGAAGAGACAGUGAAGGCCAAGAAGGUCAUUGGUGAUCCUAGUUAUUUCCUUAACGGUAAAACCGAGCAGGUCAUGGAAGAAGGCAAGGUGGUCCGAUCCAUUUGCCUUUUGAAGCACCCUAUCCCCAACACAGACGAGAGUGAUUCUCUCCAACUCGUCGUUCCACAAGCUCAGAUCGGUCGUAAACACGACAUCUAUAUUGCCGCUAUCUCUUCGACCCAUAAUGUUUGCGCUAAGGAUUACUACGUGGCUAUCGUCUCUACAAUCGUU